CUCGCAUCCAUCAUGUACGAACCAAAGAUUGCGGCACUACUUUCGUUACUAUUUAUCAGUUUGUCCUGCGCCCAACUACAGUGCACUAGGUUCUAUGAUUUGAUCCCAAACCGAACGAUUAAUAUAACCAGCUUUAAUUACCCCGGUGCUAUACCAAGUGGUAGCAACUGUCGGUUUCGCUUGAAAGCGCCCAGUAAUCACGUCAUCUAUUUGAGCUGUCGAUUUGAGUUGUUUCCUGACACCUGUGGCUCGGAGUUUCUGUUCAUCUCCCGCGACGGCGACAUGCAGUUCCGCGAUGGCGAACGGUACUGUCGCAUGGGCCAGGUCAAUCGGAUGUCCAACUUCCAAAGCAUGGCCUUCGCCUACUAUUCCAGCAGUCCGCAGACCCAGCAGCGAUCCAGACUCAAUUGCCAGGCAGUGGCCCGUCCGGCGCCCUGCGAUUGCGGCUGGUCCUUGCCAAAUCGCAUAGCCAACGGAGUGGAGGCGGGGAAGCACGAGUUUCCCUCAAUGGUGGGCCUCAGAGAUCUGGCCUCCAACCUGCCCAUCUUCUGCGGCGGCAGCAUAGUCAGCGACCGGUACAUCAUGACCGCUGCCCACUGCACCGCUCGCCAACCAGUGGCCAGUCGUCUAUUGGCGCUGGUCGGGGAGCAUGACUUGAGCACCGGUAGCGAAUCAAUCUAUGCGGCGCAGUACCGCAUCCAAAAUAUCAUCAACCAUCCUGGCUACAUGGAAACAGCAUCGGGCAAUAUAAACGACAUAGCCUUGCUCCAGACGGCGACGCCCAUUGAAUGGUCUCGAGGAGUGGCGCCCAUAUGCCUCCCCAUUCGACAGGCGGAGAGCAGCUUCAACUACCAGAACGUGGACAUAAUGGGUUGGGGAACCCUGGGAUUCGCUGCCUCCAAGUCGAACACCCUGCAAAAGGCCACCCUGCUGACCAUGGACAAUGCCGUCUGCCGCAGUCGCUUCAACUCCAGCAUAGCUCCCAGCCACCUCUGCACCUACGAUGCUGGCGGCAGGGGCCAGGACUCGUGCCAGUACGACUCCGGCGGCCCGGUGAUUCUGCGUCAGCGGGAGCGGAUGUUCCAGCUGGGCGUGAUCAGUUUCGGCCGGGCCUGUGGCCAGCCCUUUGGCAUCGGUGUCAACACUCGGGUCACUUCGCACCUCAACUGGUUGUGGCGCUAUGUAGGCGGAUCUGUGUGUGUGCGUUAAGGAUAUGCUUCGGAUGCAUGACCAACUUUGUGCACAGAGGGAAACAAU